AUGGAGAGUGGGUGGAAACCUGAGGUUGAGAUAUCACCAAAUUGUCCUAGGUGUGGUUCUUCCAACACCAAGUUCUGCUACUAUAACAACUACAGCUUAACUCAACCAAGGUACUUUUGCAAGGGAUGCAGAAGGUACUGGACGAAAGGAGGGUCUCUCCGCAAUGUGCCUGUAGGUGGUGGUUGCAGAAAAAACAGAAGAGGUAACAAGACCUUGUUGAGACAAUCCAUUGAUGGUUUCACUUUCAAAAAUUCACCUAGUAACCGUGCCACAGAUCAUAAUAAUAACCCUGUUGGGCAUUCUUAUGAUCCUAGAAUAAGGAAUUCUUCAGCUUCUAGCUCCUCCUCAGUGAUGAGUGACGGACCUAAUAUUGAUCUUGCCCUAGUGUAUGCAAAUUUCCUCAACCAAAAGCCCAAAUCUGAAGCUGAUGAGCUUGAGGGUAAUCCAGAUCAAGUUCAAACAGUUUUUGAUCCUUCUCUAGAAGUUGGUCCAAGUACUUUGCCUGAAGAACUUGGUCUUACUGCGUGUUUGACGCUUCCUGAACAACCAUCCAUUAUUGAGGGUAAUAACAAUGACCAAAUGUGCCCUAACGAGUUCAACUCUAUGCCGAUUCUUCAAAAGGAUGGAAUUGAACAAUGUAGUAGUCAUGGUGGUGCUAUGAAUUUUGAGCUGCCACCAUUGCCGGGUGAAGAGGAAGCCUCACAUGAUCAUAUGAUGUGGUCAAACUCUGAGAUGAUGAUGAAUCAUGCAUUUCAUCAAGUCACACAAUUGCCACUACUUGGACCUGAAGUUCAUGAUGCAGACUUGUUAAUAGGUAAUUGGAGCCCCUUUGAUUUGCCAAGAGAUGCUUCUUUUUCCAGGCCUUGA